AUAGAAGCUCUCGGUUAAGAAACGUGCUGUGAAAAAACACAGGAGGAAAUCCACUGCGUGGGUCCUUCGUUGCCCGCCGUCGCUUCCUGAUUGGUUUUAUAGUGAACAUGGCGGCUGUUAGUAAGCAUCUGACAGCCGGCAAUUUCUCCAUCGCAGGUGCUGUGCUGUUCGCCGUGUACGUAAUUAAACAAAGACUAUCUUCGGAAACUAAUGGAGAGAAAGGGGCAUCAAAACCACUGUUGGAAAAUGAUAAGGAUAGAAAGACAGACAAGGCUGCUGUGGACAGGGUUUUCUUCAGGCGUAUUUGUCAUAUCAUGAAAAUCCUGCUGCCAGAGACCUUUUGCAAAGAGUCAGGAUAUUUGCUUCUGAUUGCUGCCAUGCUCAUGGCCAGAACCUACUGCGAUGUCUGGGUGAUCCGUAAUGGGACCAUGAUUGAGAGUGCAAUUAUUGGACGCUCGACAACUGCUUUCAAAAGACACUUGGUCAACUUUAUCACAGUCAUGCCUUUUAUAGCUCUAGUGAAUAACUUCUUAAAGCUGGGACUCGACCAACUGAAGCUGUGCUUCAGAGUAAGACUGACCAAUCAACUUUACAAUGACUACCUGACGGGGUUCACAUACUAUCAGAUUGGCAACUUAGACAACCGCAUUGCCAACCCAGACCAGCUGAUAACCCAAGAUGUGGAGAAGUUCUGUAACAGUGUGGUGGACCUCUAUUCCAAUGUUAGCAAGCCUCUACUAGACAUAUUAAUCUACAUCUGCAAACUCAACACAGCCAUUGGUACUCUUGGCCCUGCUUGUAUGCUGAGCUAUCUGUUGUUCUCCGGUCUGAUCCUGACCAGACUGCGCAGGCCGAUUGGCAAGAUGACCAUAACCGAGCAAAAGUAUGAGGGGGAGUACAGAUAUGUCAACUCUCGUCUCAUCACUAACAGCGAGGAGAUCGCGUUCUACAACGGCGACAGGAGAGAAAAGCAAACCAUUAUUGGAUCCUUUCAGAAACUGGUGGACCACUUGAAUCGCUUCAUACACUUUCGUUUCUCAAUGGGUGUCGUGGACAGCAUCAUAGCCAAAUACAUAGCCAUGGUGGUGGGUUACCUGGUUAUCAGUCGGUCGUUCCUGGACGUCACAAACCAACGGCAUCUGAACAGCUCAUACGCUGAGCGACUGGAAGACUACUACCAGAGUGGGCGGAUGUUAAUAAGUUUGGCACAGGCCCUGGGAAGGAUCGUCCUGGCAGGCAGAGAGAUGACCAGACUGUCUGGGUUCACUGCCCGAAUCACAGAAAUUCAGGAUGUCCUUAAGGAGCUGAAUUCAGGCAAAUAUGAACGGACCAUGAUUACACAGCAAAGCAAAGAUGCAGCAGUAGAGAAAAUCCCUCUUAUCCCUGGGAGAGGUGAAAUCAUCAUCGCAGACAACAUUAUCAAGUUUGAACACAUACCUUUAGCGACGCCCAAUGGAGACAUUCUCAUCCGUGACUUGUCUUUUGAGGUGUCAUCUGGGACAAAUGUGUUGGUCUGUGGGCCCAACGGCUGUGGGAAGAGUUCCCUCUUCAGGGUUCUGGGAGAGCUGUGGCCUUUGUAUGGAGGACAGCUCACAAAACCAGAGAGAGGGAAGCUCUUCUAUGUUCCUCAGAGGCCCUACAUGACACUGGGUUCCCUCAGAGAUCAGGUGAUUUAUCCAGACACACAUGAAGACCAAAAGAAGAAAGGAAUAUCUGAUCGGGUGCUUAAGGAAUAUCUGGACAAUGUCCAGCUGGGACAUAUCCUGGACAGAGAGGGCAGCUGGGAGAGUGUGCAGGACUGGAUGGAUGUCCUCAGUGGCGGAGAAAAGCAGAGGAUGGCUAUGGCUCGUCUGUUCUACCACAAGCCCCAGUUUGCUAUUCUGGAUGAGUGCACCAGUGCUGUAAGCGUUGAUGUGGAGGACUUCAUCUACAGCCACUGUCGAAAGGUUGGCAUCACACUGUUCACAGUCUCCCAUAGGAAAUCUCUAUGGAAGCACCACGAGUAUUAUUUGCAGAUGGAUGGAAGAGGAAACUACGAGUUUAAAUCCAUCUCAAAGGAAACAGUGGAGUUUGGAUCAUAAUAAUAACUUUGGGCCUUAUUCAUGAGCAA